AUGGCUACCCCCAGUGUUCUUACAUUUGACACUAAGGGCCGUGCUGUUGACUUUGAGGUCUGGGUCGAUGACCUCCAGUUGUUCCUCCAGUGCGAUAGGGCAGACGGCCUCUCUCUGUUCGACCUCACCUUUGGUGCCUCCCCUGCCCCGCCUACUACUGCUGACAGCACUAUUCGCUCACAGUGGGCGACACGCGAUGCUGCUGCCCGUCUUGCUGUGCGUCGCCACUUAACGACCACUGAGCGUGCACACUUUAGCCAGUACAAGAGUGCUCAGACCUUGUACGACCCUGUAGUUGCGCGCUACUCUUCCCCUGCCACUACUGCAUUGAGCCGCCCCAUGCUACCGUACCUCUUCCCUGACCUUGCUGCCUUUCCUACAGUCGCUGACCUCAUUACGCACCUCCGCACUAGUGAAACUCGCUACCGCGCUGCGCUCCCUGCUGAGUUCUGCGCCAAGAACCCCCCCCCCCAUGGGUGUUCCCGCUCCCCCCUCUUGCCCUCUGUUGCUUCUACUGCUGCGGCCGACCUCGUUGGUUUCGAGCCGGUCGGCGUUGCGUUUGCCCCUAGCGGGAGACCCCGCACCGGCAAGGGCAAGGGGGGCAAGGGCGCUGGAGGGGCUAGCGGGGGCGGUGGAGGUGGUAGUGUAGGCAGUGGAGGGGGUGGGGGUGGUGGUGGGAGUGGUGGCGGGGGUGGCGGCGGCGGCGGCAGCAGUGGAGGCGGAGGAGGCGGCGGUGGUGGCGGAGGGAGCGGAGGCGGCAAAGGUGGCGGAGGAGGCGGCGGAGGCGGCGGCGGCGGCGGUGGUGGAGCGGAUCGUGACUCCGCGCAGAGGAGUGGGUCACGUGGUGGUCCGCGCCAGCAGCAGCGGAGUGGUGUGACCCUGUCCCCUCAGCAGCUUCGUGAGUGGUACGCUGCGCGUCAGCGCGGUGGGGGUACUGGUCCCUGCACUUACGUACUCCGUACCGGCGACCGAGCUGGUGAGCAGUGCGGGGGCCCGCACUCCACCCAGCGCUGCUUCGGUCGCCUGAAGAACGCGUGGCGUUGCCAGUUUCCUGAGGCGUCAGAGAUCCCUCGCUGGGGAGAUCUGUCUAGGGCGGGGGUUGCCAUCUUUGAUCUUGACUAUGAUGCUAUCCUUGCUGCCAUACAUUCUGUGACUACUAGUGUUGAGGGUGACUGUUACCUGUGUGUACCGCCUGACCCGGGCAUUGAGGUGGCUGCUCUAGGUGCUGGUGAGGCUGCUGCUCUAGGUGCUAGUGCGUCUGCUGCCCCACGUGCUAGUGCGUCUGCUACCCCAGGUCCUAGUGCGUCUGCUGCCUCAGGUGCUGGUGAGUCUGCUCUCUCAGGUACUACGACUGCUCAGGCCUUACACACCUUCACCCUUGACUCGGGUGCAUCCCGCUCCUUCUUUCGAGACCGCACCACUCUUACGCCGCUCAGUCGACCGGUUGCAGUCUCCCUGGCGGAUCCCUCUGGGGGUCCAGACCUUGCUAGCUUCUCCACUGUCUUACCGUGCCCGGCAGCCCCUUCUGGCACCCUGACAGGUCUCUACCUCCCCUCGUUCUCUACGAACUUGGUAAGUGGAGUGGACCUACAAGAUCGGGGUGUUGACCAGUUCACUCCUGCGAGUCAGCGGGUGACCCACUGCACGUGUGCUCGGAAAGGCCGACACUUGGCCACGUUCACCCAUCGGCCAGGGUCGAGCGUGUACACCCUUACAACUGAGUCUCCUCCGGCUGCUGAGUUUGGCCAGGUAGCAGCGUCGAGUCAGGUGUUUGCUGCAGCGUCCAGGUCUGGUUCUCAGUCUGCUCCCUGCUCGUGUCGUCUACUGUCCCACCAGACUCUCCUCUGGCACCACCGCCUUGGUCACCCCUCCCUGCUUCGUCUCCGAGGCAUGACCUCCCGUGUCGUUGUCUCUGGUCUCCCCCGGUCUCUCCCUCCCCUACCUCCAGGGCCUGGCCCUACCUGCAUCCCCUGCGUCGAGGGGCGACAGCGCGCCGCCCCUCACUCCUCCGAGUUUCCUCCAACAGAGGCUCCGCUACAGACCCUCCACAUGGACGUGUGGGGCCCUGCCCGCGUCCGUGGGCAGGGGCACGAGCGUUACUUCCUGCUGGUGGUUGACGACUACUCGCGUUACACCACAAUCUUCCCCUUGCGCAGCAAGGGUGAUGUCACUGAGGUGUUGAUCGACUGGAUCCGCGCAGCUCGUCUCCAUCUCCGGGAGAGUUUCGGCUCAGACUUUCCUGUUCUGCGUCUGCACUCGGACAAAGGCGGGGAGUUUCCCUCUGCCCGUCUGGGAGCCUUCUGUCAUGCACAGGGCAUCCACCAAACCUUCACGCUUCCAGCCUCUUCACAGCAAAAUGGGAUUGCUGAGCGCCGCAUUGGCAUGGUCAUGGACGUCGCUCGUACGUCCAUGAUGCAUGCGGCUGCCCCCCAUUUUCUGUGGCCGUUUGCGGUUCAGUACGCCGCGCAUCAGCUUAACCUUCAGCCCCGGCUGUCCCCCCGUGCUGUUCCCUGCGUCUUCCUUGGCUUCCCCCCUGACGCGCCUGGGUGGCAGUUUUACCACCCCACCUCGCAACGUGUUCUGUCCUCCCAAGACGUCACCUUUGACGAGUCGGUGCCUUACUACCGUGUGUCCCAGGUAGACGCAGUUGAGCCUGUCGAGGUAGGUGUUCACUCUGGUGCUGCUAGAGGUGCUGAGCCUGCGGGUGCUGGGUCUAGAGGUGCUGAGUCUAGGGGUGCUGAGCUUUGGGGUGCUGCGUCUGGGUGUGCUGAGCCUGGGGGUGCUGAGUCUGGGGGUGCGGAGCCUGGGGGCGCUGGGUCUGCUCGUGUGGCCGCCGGCGGUGCUUCGUCGAGGCGGGAGCCACUCUCUCCACAGGAGCUGCGAGAGUGGUUUGCCCGGCGCUGGAGCCGUGCUGCUCGAGCUGGCGGUACUGGAGCUGCUGGGGCUACUGGAGUGGGUUCUGCUGGAUCUGCUGGAGCUGGAGCUACUGGGGGUGUUGGCGCUGGUGUUUCUGCUGGCGCUGGUGCGUCUGAGGGUGCUGCGGUUGGAGCUGUUGGAGCUGGAGUUUGCUGUUGGCGCUGGUGCUUCCGUUGGGGGUACUGGUGCUGUCCCUGCUGGUUCUGA